AUGGACCCCAUCCCCUUUGCUGAGGACAGCACGCUCCAUCUGGAGAUGCAUCUCCCGGGCUUUCCUGACAUCCAGGGGCUGCUCUGCAGCGAGGUUCUUGGCCACGACCUGAUGCUGAGCGCCCUGGACAGCCUGCCUGCCCUUCCCCAAGCUCCAGAGGCUGAUCCCGACCCGCUCUCUCGGCUCCCACCCACGGACUGCGACGCUGUCCAGCUCCUCAGUGAGCCCGGGCAGAACCCGCCUGCCAGCCAGUCCAGCAGCAGCUUCCCAUGGAUCAGGAACAUCCCAGCGUGUCCUAAACCCGAGCGGAGCAGCCUCUGCCUCCCCCACCAGCUGCCUGUUGGUGUUUCCAAGGGUCUGGAUGGACCUUCCUGCACCUUCCCAGCCUCCCGUGAGCGUCCGGACGUUUUGUCUUUCCCUGUCGAUCCUUUUAAAUCCCAGGAGGAUUCGUCCCUCGGUAGUUUUGAGGAAAGUUUCCCAUUGGUGAGCUCCCACCUGUGGGAGGGCACCAGGGAGUUGAGUUUUCCGGAGGUUCCCAAGCGUGGAGUGCUGCAGAGCCAGACCAGGCAGCUCUUCCCAAAUCCCCCAGAGCCUGGAUCCUGCCCGGAGCUGCGCAGCCUCUGCCAGGCCAUUCCACAGCUCCAGGGCAUUCCCUGCGACCGGGAGAAACCAGGAGCGCCGGCAGCGCCCUCGGAGCAGUCUGUGGGAUCACGAGACUCCUCCAUUCCUGGGCAGCUCCCGUUCGCAGCGCCUGGAAGUGCCGUGGGAAGCCGCUGCUCCGGGAGGUGGAAUCAGCAGGAGAACAAGGCUCCUGGGUGGAAAAACGAGAGAAAGAGGAAAGAUGGGAGCAGAGAGGGAAGCGGGAAGCAGCCGGCGGGCGCGGGCAGGACUCGGCAGCUGCAAGCUGGGGGGCUGGGCUGCCCAGCUGCCCCCAGCCAGGUGGCCUUGGCCUCCUUCUCUGUGGCCCCCGUGGCCAGUGGCUCCCACAGGUUGACCAUCUUCCACCGGAUCCAGGGUGGGAACAUCCUCAGCCUCGGCGCAGCAGCGGAGGACGGAGCUGUGCCAGCUGGGGGUUUUUCCCUCAGAAGUGCAGCUCCUCCCGGGAGCGAUCCAGGGAGCCGCUGGUGUUCCUGGGGUGAACCACGGGAAAGGAAGGAGGAGCAGCAGGUGUGUGACACGGGGGCUGUGAUCCCUUGGGAAGUGUCUCCCGGGGCGGUGGGAGAUGGGAACUGUCCCCCAGCCCCCCCGGUGCCCUCGGAGGAUGCCCUCGUGUCCCCCCUGGUCAUUCCAGUCUCGGUGCCAGUGACAACCCUGAGCUCCUCAGCAGGGAACCAGGUGCCCGAGGACGAACGCCGGGAUGGGAAGGAUCCCAAAACAAACCUGCAUCCCACAAAGCACAGGAGGCAAAUCCGGCCCAAAUCCCUCUUCAUCCCCCCCCUGCCAACCCCUGAGACCUGCCCCCCGGGGCUGGGGGGCUGCUGCUUCCAGAGCAACCUGCGCUCCCCCGUGCUCCUGGUGGAUCAUCUCCUGCGGGAUUGGAUCCACUGCUCCCCCUACACCCCCCCUCCCAUGCUCAGCCCCGUGCGGGAAGGAUCCGGCCUCUACUGCCGCACGCUGGGCCGAGCGGAACGGGAUGUUGGGCUCUGCCUGCUGAGGGAGAAGGCCCAGAUCAACCUCCAGCCGCGCAUCAACGUCGGAAGUAAAUUCCAGGCAGAGAUACCAGAGCUCCAGGACAGAUCCCAGUGGGAAGAGGAGGAGGAGGCAUCAGUGCUGGUGUGGAAGCCCUGGGGGGACAUCGCGACCAACGUGAUGACACAGGACAGAGUGCAGGACCUGCUGACCACAGCCCGCUCCAGCGCUGUUCCCGCUGGGAAUGCCAGCAUGGAGCUGGCCCUGCACUGCCUGCACCAGGCACAGGGGCACGUCCUGGAGGCUCUGGACAUGUUGCUGUCUGGGGGGAGUCGGAGACUGGAAUCCCACCCCCUGGCUGAUUAUCAUUACACAGGGGCUGACAUCUGGACCCCCCUGGAACAGGAGUUGUUUGGAAAAGCUUUUUCCCUGCACAGGAAGGAUUUCCACCUGAUCCAGAAGGAGGUAAAUCCAUCAGACUAGGGUGGAUCUGUGGACCCCGGAACGUGACUGGAUUUGCCCUAAUUUAUAAUUAGCAAAGAGUAAUUAAUAAU